GUGUGUCCAUUGGAGUCGUUGUCCACUCAUCUCAAGACAUGUCAACACAAAUUGUGUCAAACAUGUGGUCUAUCUGUGGGUCUCGUAAGUGAUGACCACAACUGUAUUGAAGGCCUGAAGAGAGACCGAAAUGAAUGGACACAAAGAGCCAAAGAAUUUGAAAUAAGAUUAAAGGAAUCGAAUGAAAAGACAUUGAAUUUGGAGAAGAAAUAUAAUUCACAACAAAAUGAAUGGCAAACGAAAUGCAAUGAAUGGAUAGAAAGAGUGAAACAAUUUGAGACAAAAACUAAAGAAAUGGACCAAAAAGUCAAAGAAUUGGAGACAAAACUUAAGAAGACUGAAGAAAAUUUACGAAAUUUUGAGAUAUUAUACAAACAAACGGAUUGUUUGCGCCUAAAAUGGGUUCAGAAAUACCAGGAUUUGGAGAUAUCAGUGAAGACAUCAGCAGUUGUAGCAAAACAAGUGAUUCCUUUGGCUGUAAUUCCCAAAUGUUUACUGUUUGGUAGAUAUGAGACAAAUGUCGGAUCCAUUGAAUUCAAGAAAUACGAUCUGAACCAACAGUUUAUUAUCAUUGAAUUGAGAGAUGUAUUGAGUGAAACAUUUGUUUCACAAUUGUGUGAGAAAUGUAACGAUAACGGGAAGUCUGAACACAGUUUGAUAGCCUCACCGGCCGGACAACUAAAGCCCACUAAUAAUAACGAAGCGAUGGUUGGCUUUGUUUUGACCCGUUUUGUGGAUCUGUCGGCGAUCGAGACCUUGGCUUUGGAGGACUUAAUAAAGUGUAGUAUUUGUCUGCAAGUGUUGAACAAAGCGGUGGACACUCGAUGUGGACAUACCUUCUGUCGCGAGUGUCUCAAUGAUUGGCUCUCAAGACCGCAGACCAGCAAAGAGUGUCCCGAAUGUCGGCAACCGUUGCCCACAAGAAAGCGGACCCGAAGUCAGACCACAGCUGACAAUAGUUUGGUAAUCGGAGGCAAUGUUUUGGUGGAGAAAAGCCUUCGCAUAAAUGCAAUGAUCGGUAAAUUGAAGAUCAGAUGUGAUUACGAGUGGAACGGAUGUCCAGAAGUGUGUCCAUUGGAGUCGUUGUCCACUCAUCUCAAGACAUGUGAAUACAGAUUACCGCAUCCUUAUUCGCCUCCGAAA